CAAAGCCGGAGAAGAGCAAGAGCAGGCGACCGCUCCAAAGGAGAGAGAGAGAGAAAAAAAGGAAAGGAAUCUGCCGGCUCUCGGCAGUCUCGGCGAGUAAGUUAGUCUGAUCUCCACGUGAGAGGAGAGAUGCUGCGUCCAGAUCGGUGUCGCAAAUUUGAAAAUUAUAUAUCCCGCGACACGAGGACUUUAUUCAUUCGGCGCCGUGCGUGAGCAGUUCCCCUGCUUUUCUGAUUGUAAGCGAUUACGAGUGAGUGAUAUAUACACGGCGAGAGCAAACCGGCCCCUCGAAAGAAAGAUCAGCGGGCAGACGCGAGAAGAGCCGCAGCAGCAGUGGCUUCAGUCGCCGGCUGUAUUUGGUGAGAAGAUGAUGUUGAUGCAGUCGCUGGUGCGAGGACGAGUUGGCUAAAAGGACGUGAUCGUGCACAUUUCUCCUUCUUCAGCACCGACUGACAGACCGACACACCGCUGAAUAUGGCUCGAUGCGUAGCGGUGCCCACGCCUUGGCUCCUCCAGCAUGGCAGACGGCUGUGACACCGCCGAAAGCUCCAGUGUGUCCGCAGAGACGAAGCAAGAAGGGCCGCAGCGGCGCGCCAAAGUCUGCAGGAGCGAGACCAGCAUCGUCCUGCAAAUUCCCAGAUCGGGCCAGGAAGAAGUAGACACGCCUGUUCCGGCGCCAAGAAACAAGAUAAGCAACAAAAAGGUGCCAACCUUGCUGGUACUCUUUCCUCCUGAGGGAAUAAAGAAGGGCCAAGCUAAGGAGAAGGACAAGAAAGUCGAGAUUUUAGAGAAGAAAAAUAUCUUCAUCGAGCCAAAGGUUGAAGAACUAAAGGCUAGCAAGGAUUUGGCCUCGCUGAUCCACCCCACGGCUCCAAGGGUGCCCGCUCCUGAUUCUUCGGUUAAAAGCCCUCCUCCGACCGUGCGAGGUCCAAAAGGGGUCAACCACCCUCAGCUCAGUGAGUUACUCAAGAGUUGCAAAGCCAAGUACAAGGUUAUCUUCGAGAAGAAGCCCCAACCGAAACAAAACAGUCCGCCAAAAGGUUUGGACGAAAACCGAAAGGAGCAGAAUAACGACGCGAACAGGUCCGAGUCCGGCAGCUCGAGCAGUCGAUCUUCGUCGGACAACCCUGACGCGUACGCAGACUUGGUUCACGAGCUCGCCCGCCACGAGGAGGCGGUAAAGAAGUUGAGCAACAUGCCGGUGCACGAGACGGCGUUUCUACCGGCAACGCAACAGGCUCCCCAGCGCGGCUACGACACCACUGACGACGAGCUUGACGGCAUCCUCAGGAGCAAACAGCGUCGAGAGGACACCUCCAACUUGCGCCAGCAGAACGUCAUCAGGGUGAUCAAACCUGCGCCGCUCAAUAACGUCGUCAUUAGGAACAAUCUAACGUCGCCCACAAACAGGUACGACAUGGAGCGUUAUCAGCAACUCCUCCGCGAGCAGAAUAUGCGUCUAAUGCAGCAACAGCACUCGCAGAACGGACACCUGCCAAAUGGUCAGCAGCACCUGGUGCGCAACGGGCCGCUACGGGCCUCCCUGAACCGCACCUACCCUGCCAGCCCGCAGCAGCCCUUGCAGCCGCCGAUGAUGCAGCGCAGUUACUCGCUCAACGCGGAGCAGGUGCGAGCGGCACGCAGGAUGAACGGUGGUGGCACGCCAACCUCGCCCAAGAGGGUCAGUUUUUCCACGUUGCCAAACCCAGCGAGCCCCAACCCUGCGAGGAAUCGGGUGAACGGCGUCCCUGCCGCACCCCUGAAGCAGAUGAACGGUGGAGGCAGCAACACCCUGCCGAGCAGGCAGAACAGGUCGCGCCCCGUCAGUAGCGACUCGGUGUUUUUCCACAAGCCGCUGCCGCCGGUGCCUGAGGCGCGCACGUGGCUGCUCGGGGGCGGCAGACGCGCCCCUAGGGCCCCUCCUGAGUCCGAGUCGGGCAGCGAGGCCGGCGAAAUCCAGCGCAUCCUCUUCAACGGAGGCAACAGGAUCGCGCCUUCCUACGUCAGCUUCCAAGAUGAUGAAUGGAGCGACGGCAAGCCUCGACUGCCAGGCAGUGACCCCAACGCUCCUGCGGGCAGCAAAGAUGAGGACUUGAGAAGAGGCGGCAGUCGCGGCAGACGCGACGACCCGCGCAGACACACCCUUGCUGGUGACCAACAGGGUGGUCCUGCGUCAGCCGCCUUGACCCGCAGCAUGGACCUCGAAAUGGGGACAAAAUCACGAGGAAGUAAAAAGUCUUCCGCGUCCCUGCAACGCAGCUACUACCACCAGCAGGGACCCAUUUCGAGCUCCAUGUUCGACGAUGACCCCGGCAUCAUGUCAGAGGUGGAAACCGCCUCCACCGGCUUCCGCAGGGGCGGCAAGCAGAGGUCAUCGCUGCCGGUGGUGCGCACGCCCUCCAAGACCCUCGAAAGACCGUUAGGCCUGGUGUUCCUGCAGUACCGGAACGAGACGAAGCGCGCCCUGCUGCCGAACGAGAUAACGAGCAUCGACACCGUGAAGGCGCUCUUUGUACGCUCCUUCCCCAAGCAGCUCACAAUGGAGUACCUUGAUUCGCCCAUGGUGAAGAUCUACAUCCACGACAGCUCAAAGGACAUGUUUUACGAACUUGAAGACUUGAGGUACCCUCCAUCUCACAGGUCUCACCUGAGAGAAAUCAGGGACAGGUCGGUGCUGCGUCUGUUUGAGAGCGCAGACGUGAAUGGCGGGGCGAUGCCGGUGGGCACGACUCCUCUGCCAGGCGGGUUGCCUGCCCACCCGUCGCCUGCCAAUUGGGACCAAGACCAGUCCUAUUUCAGUGAGCCUGAGUUUGACAGUGAGUUUCAACAUCAACAUAUCCACAAAUCAAAGGGGAGCAAAGGCAACAAUUCGACCUAUUACCUGCAGCACUCGUACCCGCCAGGGCAGCCAGGUGCUGGAGGUUCCGCCACCUUGCCCAGGCCUCCGGGGAUCAGGGCGUACUCGCCUGCGACCAAACCUGUCACACAAGCAGUUUGCUCGACGCCACUAAGGCAGCAGCGAAUUUACCAGGAAAUCGGGCCGCGGGACUCUCUGCUGAGGUCCCCGCCGUCCCAACUGAGGUCACCGACCUCUCCAGUGCAAAGGCCCCAGUCGACCCCGCCCAGACCCCCUGAAAGAUGGGCAUACAGUAGAAGCAGGGAUUUGUACUCAGAUCUUCUGCAAACAGAAUCGGGCUACAUGUCUUCACCGGAGCGGGGGCGGCAACCCUACUCCAACUAUCCGCCCGCCGGGGCCUACGAAGACCCAUACUACGCCCAGUACGGCCCUAGGUCGGGCUCGAUCACGCCGGUCAUUGACGAGGAGGCCAGCGAUUCGGAUGAGCUGCUGAUGGAAGCGUACGGUAUCUAUGGUAACACCAAGGGAGGGUCCACGACCGUGGCUGCAGCAGCAGCCCGGAUACAUCAACCUUCACCACGACCACCCUCUUUCCCUUCUGCCGCCAACAUGAUUAACUCACAAACUGGAGCAGCGCUUAUGCCAUACGACGCCACACGGUUGCGCGUGGAGAACAUGGAGCGUCAGCUGGCCAACUUGACCGGCCUGGUCCAGAAGGCGCUGACUCAGGGUCCGCAGCCUAGUCCCACGUAUUUGCAAAUUCCGAAUCAAAGCCCCUACAGAAACGAUGACUAUGAUAAGCACUCGAGCUCAAGUUCGGCUUCAUUACCAGAUGAAAGUUAUUUGCGUGCCGAAACCACCACACCAACCACAAAAACUCCCAAAUUAGGAAAAGACAAAUCCGUUUCGUUUGAAAAGUCCGUAUCAUUUAGUGACGAUCCCCCGGACAUGCUCAGCUCCCCCAAGCAGCAUACACCUCAGCACUCAGCGGAUACUAAACCAACGAAACCAGCCAUUAAGUCGUCAACUUUGCCAAGGAUGUCAUCACAAGACAGAGAUAGGCACAAACCAGCCCCACCGCCAAAGCCAAUGGCUUUGGCGCCCCAUACUGGCCAACAAUACGAUGCGGGUAGACAUCUCUAUAGAGCUGAUUUGCAGCUCACCCCAGAGAUGUACAAUCAUUUACGAGUGUUGCAAAAGAAAGCCAAAGACCUGAGGCAGGAGGUGAGAAACCUGCGACGAAUGUCCCAAGCACAGGCCCACAGUGUUCGUGAAACUAUCAGAGAUACUUUCAUCAAAAUUAGAGCCCUUCUUCUCACUGGAGGAGGAGACAGUUGGUUGGCUUCCGGAGACACGGAAAAGCUGAAGGUUAGCAGAGAGGAAGAGUUGUACAAGCAAGAAAUGAUCCGGCUUGAAAAGGAUUUGACCGAGCUGGAAAGCACAGUUGAAGAGCUGCGGGGAAACGUGAUAAACAAGAAGACAAGGGUCAACAUGUCGGAUGUAGAGAACAUGGCCCUGGUUUUGAGCAAGUCAAGCAAAACGGUAGCUGAUUUGAAAGUGCGCUUUCCCAACCUGCAGGACGGGAUGAAGUCACUCCUUUCAAACGAAAUGGAAAGAGUUGUUAGAGAAGAAAAGUUUUUAAAAGAAGAGCCUGAGAGACUGGAAAGUGCGUUGAGGAGGUGUAAAAAGUUGACUGGUACUUUGGUCACACUCAAAAGGUUGGCCUCAGUUCAAGAACAGCGUCUGCCGGUUGGGGGCAACGCACAGGACCCUCAACUGACCCGGCUCUCGCCUGACAAUCUGCUGCAAGACCAGCCGCCGCAGAGUGGAGCUAUUUCUCCACAAAUCCAGGCUCAACUGGAAAUGGAGUUCAAACUUCAAGGAAGCAGUCACUUCUCACGAUCUUCCGGUGACGGGUGUAGCACACCAUGCGGCUCCGCAGCAGCUGCAGCAGCAGCAUCCGCCGCCCUUCCAGCGCGCGGUGUCCUGGCGGCAGCAGGAGGCGCCGGAGAAGCGACUAAACGUCAGGAGAACGCACUCGACACUCUGCUAGACGAACUGCAGACGUUCGCCCGGCCGCCGUCCACCGAGCCUGCCACCCCCGGCGGGGGCGGUGGCGGCGGCACGCUGCGCCGUCUACACUCGUACCCGAGCGGCUCUGACUCGUCGUCACCGGUCCGCAGCAGUCGGGCCGACGACCGCCCGCCCAGCCUGCCCGAACGCAGCAAGGUGCCGCCCCCGCCGCCUCCGCGUACCAGCUCCAAGUCGCCUCUGGUGUCGCCGACCAGCCCACCGCGGCUGCAGCCGCGCGGCCAGAACCUGCCUCCCGCCCCUGGCGGAGGCGGCACCCUGCGGCGCAAGAAGGCGGCCGACCCACCCGCCGAGGACGGCAGCCAGCCGGCGGCCAGCAACAGCUCCAGCAGCGAGUCGAUCAACUCGCAGGAGGGCCUGAAGAACUCGGAGGCGCUCGAGCAGCGCCACCAGGAGCUACUGCGGCGGCAGAAGCAGCUGCAGGAGCAGUACGCACGCCUCCAGCAGCUGCAGCGCAACGUCCGCCUGCCCACCGGGCCCGAGCUGAAGAAAACGGGCAGCGAGAGCAACCUGCUGCGCGGCCUCAACCUCAGCGCCGCUCCCACCUCGGGCUCGCUCACCCACCUGGCACCUGCCUCGAUGGCACCCGUCGUCAUCGUCCCGCCGCCCCCGUCGGACACCGCACCCGCCCCCUCGCCGGCGGCGGCCCAGCCCACCGCCAAUAAGGUCUACGAGACGGACAUUCUUUAGUUGGUUCGCUCACCACCCCUUUCAAGUGUUUUAAUAGUCAAUUAUUACUAGGGUUGGGAAAUUCAAGCUAUCAGCUAUUUUGUUCGUGCGUCUAAUUUCAAUUAAGACAGAAAGUGAGCACAAAUCACGCAAUUUUACUAAUUUUAUUACUUUUGAAUCUUCUUCGACCGUAUUUUGAGCCCAAAACUGCAUAAAAAUGUCUAAGUUGCUUUUGUGAAAGCUUAAUAAACACAUUGGAAACUGCAAAAUGGUCUUAGUUUAUAGAUGCAUUUAAAAUAUCUGAACAAUUUUUUGAGGUGUGCUUUUAAAUAAAUUAAAAACCUUUUGAUGUGGUGCAACAAGUCAAUUUAAUAUUGCGAUUCUACAGUUUGAGCCUCUUCCUUCACGAAUAUUGGGCUUCAAAUCGCAUAUUUCUCAUUGUUUGAUUUUGUUGGUUUUUGUAAUCCGGAGAAAAAGUUGGUUUAACCAUGCACAGUUUGAAUUGGUCCCAUGAAAUAGUCGUACGCUUUAUCAAACGUCUAAAAUUCCCAACCCUAAAAUUAUUACUUUUAUGUUGGUCAAUUGCCACCGCAUUUCCUUCUGGUCGGUACGAGGCCAACGCGAUUAUUUCCUACUAGCGUAAUGUUCACACUUCCGGAUUUGUUUUACCAUCAGAUUUCAAACAACACUGCCAAUAUCAAUAAAGAAAUCCUCCUCGACACUCACAACUAAUCGCACGAGACGAGCAUCGUCGCGCUUGCUUUAAACGAGAAACAGCAAUUUUGUACUCGUCGCUUUAGCAUUUUUAUCCCCCGAAAUCGAAGGUAGGUGCCACACGUUUGAGGGAGUCGCAUGUAACUUUAAUAUAAAUAUAAAAAAAACAGUCGCUCAUUAACGAAACCCACUUAAACCAAGAGAAGAAAGUCGUGUAAAAGGGAGAUAUUUGUUCAUAUAUUUGUAUAGCAUUGCUUGUGAGACGCGAAAUUAUUCAUUCCCCUGCUGAGUCAGGGGGCGCAACCGCAAACCCUCGGCUCUGCAGCUGAAAUUCAACUAAAUAAAACACACAUCAGAAUGGAUUAAGGAGCCUUCAGUACGUUCAUUAAUAACCCGCAGAAUUAAAAUCAUCAAAAGAUAAUGAUAAAUGAAAAGAAUUUGCUCAAAACAACCGUUGUAUGCCUAUUAGUGAAGAGAACGCGAGAGGGAUUGUGUAAAACUGAGAUACUUGACAGCAGAUUCGAGCAGUGAACGAGUUCUUGUAAUCAACAUACACGCGCAGAAAUUGUAUGGUUUAUUUCAGACACACGCAAUAGUCGCCCGCAGCCUACUAUCGAUACAAAAAAAAAGAAAUAUUGAGUGUCUGCACCUUUUUUACCUUUUUCCAUCGUGGUCAUUUUGAUUAAUUGUGAUGUGCGUCGCCUAAUUAGCGUAAAGUGUAUACUAUUAUGCAUCGAGAAUCAUAACUUAUAGCGCGUCUCUUGAUAUGUUCCUAUAAAAACAAUUCAAGGCUUCAGUUGGAAAAGUAAUCGUUUCGGAUCUUCUGCGCUUUUUCACUUGGAAAUUAUAGUAAAAUCGCUGCUUUUCCACUCGGGCCUUGCAACCAACCGAAGUCCUCUUUCAUUACACACUCACACGCUAUAAAUUAUCGUAUUUGCACGAGUUCAGCCCAUGCAGUGUCAAAUUUAAGCAAUUAUUAUCUCGCACGAAGCGUCCUGCUGCUUAAUUUCAACCGAGAAAGCGAAAAAUGCGUGGUAUUUCUAAAAUUAAAGUGUAAAAUACUGAUUUCUCGUAGCCGAUUAGCGAGAGCAAUUAAUCAAUCGAUUCAGCCCCCGAUUACGAAGCAUGAAAAUAAUUAUUCUCCUCCUUGCCUCGUCUCCUAGUGUUCGUAAUAGUGUUUAAGCGCUAGCCCUCGUUUUCGUAGCAGCAGGACAUCUCCAUACCAAAGUCCUACAUCACAUACCGUGUAACGAUUAAUUAUUGUUUUUCACGAAUGCGUGCCAUGUUCGCCUCCACACAAUACACAUUGAAAUCGGUGCCAAUUCACAGAUAAUGUGUAAGAAAGCAGCGGUUGCCCAUCAACGCCGCGAUGACUAAUAAUUAAAAACAUGCCAAAUUUUGUAAAAACGGAAAAGAGAAAUUUGCCGAAAAGCGAGGACGGUGGAAAUUAGUUUUUGUUUCCUCCCUUGCACCAACGAUGAAUACGAAUAAAAAAUACAUGCAUGUAUUGUUGAGUUUUGCAUUAAUAAUUUAUUCCCGUGUGCAUCGCGGGCAGUUUUUUCCUGCCUAGCGCAAUGUGUAAAGUCAAAAUUUGCUACAGUGUAUGGUUAUCCUAAACUGAAUAUUAUUAUUGUACAUAUUUAUAUAUUUGUGGCUUCGUGUAAAAGUGCAGAGACACAGGAAGAAUGACACCUUUCCCCACCAAUACAAAAAAUAAUUAUUAUGGAUUAAACGCCUCCCUGUCAACACAUCACAAGAUCUAUCGUUGUAAAAUCAAUUUUAAUGAAAUGUUUAAUAAAAAUUAAAACAAAAA